GUUUCCCACCAAAUAAAAAGACGCCAUGGAUUGGGAGUAGGUGGGAGAGAAGACCACAAGAAUAAUCUCUCUUUCUCUCUCUUAAAAUUGCCUCUCUGUAACUCUCUUUUUCUCUCCUCUGUAUCUCUCUCUCUCUCUUAAAAUUGGCUCUCUGUGUCUCUCUCUCUCUUAAAAUUGGCUCUCUGUAACUCUCUCUCUCUCUACUUGAAAGUCUCUUUCUCUCUCUACUAAAACUUGGCCGUCUCUCUCUAGUGGCGGGUAGGUAGAAGGAUAGAAGCAAGGAAAGAGAGGGUGCCCCCAACCCCCCUGUUUAAAAAGACCACCUUACCUUCCAUUCUUCUCUGCUACUCUCUCUCUCUCUCCUGGUUUUCCCGCUUGUAUAGGCUCCUCCGUCUUGCUUUUCUUUCUCCUGUAAUCUUCAAUGGCGUUUUCUUUGAGUUCUAAGCCCUUUGAUAGGGCUUCCUUGGCCGAUGGAGACUCUGGUUUUAGGAUGAACAAAUCAGAUCUCAGGAGAUUAUCGGUGUCCACUCUCCACAUCUCCACUCGCUAUAAGGCUCCCAAAACCCUUGAGGUUCGUGCUGGGAGUGGAAAUACAUUUGGGACUGUCUUUCGUGUCACAACAUUUGGAGAGUCUCAUGGAGGAGGGGUUGGAUGCGUAAUUGACGGCUGCCCUCCAAGGAUUCCCCUUUCAGAAGCGGACAUGCAAGUAGAGCUUGAUAGAAGGAGGCCAGGGCAGAGCCGCAUAACUACCCCAAGGAAAGAAACUGACACAUGCAGCAUUAUUUCUGGCAUUUCUGAAGGAAUGACUACUGGGACUCCUAUUGCAGUUGUCGUACCAAAUACAGAUCAAAGAGGACACGAUUACACUGAGAUGUCAAUGGCAUAUCGGCCCUCUCAUGCAGAUGCCACAUACGAUUUUAAGUAUGGUGUCAGAUCAGUACAGGGGGGCGGAAGGUCGUCUGCUAGGGAAACCAUUGGCAGAGUGGCAGCUGGUGCUGUUGCUAAGAAACUUCUCAAGAUAAAGACAGGAACAGAGGUUCUGGCCUAUGUUUCUCAGGUUCAUAAAGUUGUGCUUCCUGAAGGAGUUGUGGACAAUGAGAUGGUGACAUUAGAUCAGAUAGAAAGCAAUAUUGUGAGGUGUCCCGAUCCAGUUUAUGCUGACAAAAUGAUAGAUGCCAUUGAUGCUGUUCGAGUUAGGGGGGACUCUGUUGGUGGUGUUGUCACUUGCAUUGUGAGGAAUGUCCCACGUGGGCUUGGCACACCAGUAUUUGACAAGCUCGAAGCUGAGCUAGCUAAAGCAGUCAUGUCACUACCUGCAACUAAGGGGUUCGAAAUCGGCAGUGGAUUUUCAGGUACUUUUCUCACUGGGAGUGAGCAUAAUGAUGAGUUCUACACUGAUGAGCAUGGAAGAAUUCGGACUAGGUCUAAUAGAUCCGGUGGGAUACAGGGUGGAAUUUCUAAUGGUGAAACAAUAACCAUGAAGAUUGCCUUCAAGCCGACUUCAACAAUAGCGAAGAAGCAGCACACUGUUACACGAGACAAAAAAGAGACUGAACUUAUAGCACGUGGUCGCCACGAUCCUUGCGUGGUUCCUCGAGCUGUCCCAAUGGUAGAAGCAAUGGUGGCAUUGGUAGUACUAGAUCAACUGAUGUUACAGUAUGCACAGUGUGAGAUGUUUCCCAUCAACCCUGCCUUGCAAGAACCUCUUGAGCCAGUAGAGUCGAUUGCAGGUCAGCCAGUGUAAAAGAAAAGAGUGAGUUCUUAUCUUAUUACUACUUCCUUUUACAUAACGUGAAAAGGGAAGACCUUAAGAAUAUUUCAUCAAAAGAAUCCUCUGUAAAGUGGCUUCUUGUGAAAUGAAAAGAAUCCACUGGCCCUAUCUCAAGCCAAAUGAUAGUGAGUUGGGUUUUUCUUUUUUUGGCUGUGAACUUGUGUCAUGAAGCAUUUAGAGAGGAAUUUUCCCAUGGUGACUGAAGCCCUGUGUUAUUAUGUAUUGUAGUUUGAAGCUUUGGGAUUCUUUCUUGUAUUAAUAAACAAUGAAAAGCAACGUUAUUUUUUGAGUUCUCAAUUUUA